CCUGCGCUCCCGCACUGGCCCUGCCCGCUGGGGCCGCGAGCCCGCCGAGGACCGAGGGCGGGUGUUCACAGGGCCCGAGAUCCGUCCUCUUGUCCCAUACCCGGAGCGGGACAGCUGGGAGCUCCGGAGGGAAAAAAAAAAGGACUUUUUUUUUUUUUUUUUUUUUGCGGAGUAAAGCGGGGACGGCACUCGUUGGCUCCUGGUUUUCGCGCGCUUUGGCGCGGGUGGUUGUGGGUAGCGCGCCCGGAGGGAGAAGGGCGCGGGGGACUGCGGCGCGCCGCCCGCGGGGCCUGAGGGGAUGUUCGAGGACGAAGCCCACGCCGAGGGCGCGGCGGUGGUGGCCGCGGCCGGGGCGGCGCUGCAGGCCCUGUGCCAGGAGCUGAACCUGGACGAGGGGAGCGCGGCCGAAGCCCUGGACGACUUCGCCACCAUCCGGGGCAACUACAGCUUAGAGGGAGAAAUUAUGCACUGGUUGGCAUGUUCGCUGUACGUUGCCUGCCGCAAAAGCAUUAUUCCUACAGUUGGCAAAGGUAUCAUGGAAGGAAACUGUGUGUCACUUACCAGAAUACUGCGUUCAGCUAAAUUAAGCUUAAUACAGUUUUUUAGUAAAAUGAAGAAAUGGAUGGACAUGUCAAACCUGUCACAAGAAUUUCGUGAACGUAUAGAAAGGCUAGAGAGAAAUUUUGAAGUGUCUACUGUAAUUUUCAAAAAAUUUGAGCCAAUUUUUUUGGAUAUAUUUCAAAAUCCAUAUGAAGAGCUGCCAAAGUUACCACGAAGCAGGAAACAGAGGCGGAUUCCUUGCAGCGUUAAGGAUCUCUUUAAUUUCUGUUGGACACUCUUUGUUUAUACCAAGGGUAAUUUUCGUAUGAUUGGAGAUGAUUUAGUAAACUCUUAUCAUUUACUUCUGUGCUGCCUGGAUCUGAUUUUUGCUAAUGCCAUUAUGUGCCCAAAUAGACGAGACUUGCUAAAUCCAUCAUUUAAAGGCUUGCCCUCUGCGUUCCACGCUGCUGACUUCCAGGCCCCCGAGGAGCCUCCCUGCAUCAUUGCUGUCCUGUGUGAGCUGCAUGAUGGAUUGCUAGUGGAAGCCAAAGGAAUAAAGGAGCACUACUUUAAGCCGUAUAUUUCAAAGCUCUUUGAUAGGAAGAUUUUAAAAGGAGAAUGCCUCCUGGACCUUUCCAGUUUUACUGAUAACAGCAAAGCAGUUAACAAGGAAUAUGAAGAGUAUGUUCUAACUGUUGGUGAUUUUGAUGAGAGGAUCUUUCUGGGAGCAGAUGCAGAAGAGGAAAUUGGAACACCUCGGAAAUUCACUGGUGACACCCCACUAGGGAAACUGACAGCACAGGCUAAUGUGGAGUGUAAUCUUCAACAACACUUUGAAAAAAAAAGAUCAUUUGCACCUUCUACCCCACUGACAGGACGGCGAUAUUUACGAGAAAAAGAAGCAGUCAUUACUCCUGUUGCUUCUGCUACCCAAAGUGUGAGCCGCUUACAGAGCAUUGUAGCUGGACUAAAAAAUGCAGCAAGUGAACAACUUAUAAAUAUUUUUGAAUCUUGUAUGCGUAAUCCUGUGGAAAACAUUACAAAAAUAGUGAAAGGAAUAGGAGAGACUUUCUGCCAACAUUAUACCCAAUCAACAGAUGAACAGCCAGGAUCUCACAUAGACUUUGCUAUAAACAGACUUAAGCUGGCAGAAAUUUUAUAUUAUAAAAUAUUAGAAACUGUGAUGGUUCAGGAAACACGAAGACUUCAUGGAAUGGAUAUGUCCGUUCUUUUAGAGCAGGAUUUAUUCCAUCGUUCCUUGAUGGCUUGCUGUUUGGAAAUAGUACUGUUUGCCUAUAGCUCACCUCGUACUUUUCCUUGGAUUAUUGAAGUUCUCAAUUUGCAGCCAUUUUAUUUUUACAAGGUUAUUGAAGUGGUGAUACGCUCAGAGGAAGGGCUCUCGAGAGACAUGGUAAAACACCUGAACAGCAUUGAAGAACAGAUUUUGGAGAGUUUAGCAUGGAGUCACAGUUCUGUGCUGUGGGAAGCUCUCCAGGCUUCUGCAAACAAAGUUCCUACCUGUGAAGAAGUUAUAUUCCCAAAUAACUUUGAAACAGGAAAUUGUGGCAAUGUUCAGGGACAUCUUCCCAUGAUACCAAUGUCUCCUAUAAUGCAUCCAAGAGUCAAGGAAGUUCGGACUGAUAGUGGGAGUCUUCGAAGAGAUAUGCAACCAUUGUCUCCGAUUUCUGUCCACGAACGCUACAGUUCUCCUGCUGCAGGGAGUGCUAAGAGACGACUUUUUGGAGAUGACUCCCCAAAGGAAAUCCUUAUGGACAAGAUCCUAACAGAAGGAACCAAACUGAAAAUUGCUCCUUCUUCAAGCAUUACAGCUGAAAACAUAUCUAUUUCCCCAGGACAGACUCUUCUGACAAUGGCCACAGCCACAGGAACAGGCACAAUAGCGCAUAAAGUUACAAUUCCAAUGCAUGGUGUUGCAAAUGAUGCUGGUGAGAUCACACUGAUACCUAUUUCCAUGAACACAACUCAGGAGUCCACAGUUGAGAGUCCUGUGUCACUUACUGCUCAGUCGUUAACUGGUGCUUCUCCAAAACAGAGCCAUCCAGCUAAAGCCCAAGAAGUGCCUCUGACCGGAACGAGCAAGCCAAAGAGAACUGGGUCCUUAGCACUGUUUUACAGAAAGGUCUAUCAUCUGGCAAGUGUACGCUUACGAGAUUUAUGUUUAAAGCUGGACGUUUCAAAUGAAUUACGAAGGAAGAUAUGGACAUGUUUUGAAUUCACUUUAGUUCACUGCCCUGAUCUAAUGAGAGACAGGCAUUUGGAUCAACUCCUCCUCUGUGCCUUUUACAUCAUGGCAAAGGUAACAAAAGAAGAAAGAACUUUUCAGGAAAUAAUGAAAAGUUAUAGGAAUCAGCCCCAAGCUAAUAGUCAUGUAUACAGAAGUGUUUUGCUGAAAAGUAUUCCAAGAGAAGUUGUGACAUAUCAUAAAAACAUAAAUGGUGAUUUUGAAAUGGCAGAUGGUGACUUGGAAGAUGCCACAAAAACCCCUGACUGUUCCAGUGGACCUGUGAAAGAGGAAAGAGGUGAUCUUAUCAAAUUUUACAAUACCGUGUAUGUAGGAAGAGUGAAGUCAUUUGCGCUGAAAUACGACUUGUCAAAUAAAGACCCUAUGAUGGAUGUGCCACCACUCUCUCCUUUUCCUCAUAUUAAGCAACAGCCAGGCUCACCACGCCGUGUUUCCCAGCAGCACUCUAUUUAUGUUUCCCCACACAAGAAUGGGUCCGGCCUCACGCCAAGGAGCGCCCUGCUCUACAGAUUCAACGGCAGCCCUUCUAAGAGUUUGAAAGAUAUCAACAACAUGAUAAGGCAAGGUGAACAGAGGACCAAGAAGCGAGCAAUAGCCAUUGACAGUGAGGCAGAAUCACCUGCCAAACGCCUCUGUCAGGAAAAUGAUGAUGUUUUGCUUAAACGACUACAGGAUGUCGUCAGUGAGAGAGCAAAUCACUGACUUUGUGUGUUUCUGAUAAAAGCACUUUCAGGUUCUGCAGAAAUCUGGGGCUCCGUCCUCCACACUUUUUGGCCUUGUGGAUGUUAAAUAUCACUGGGCUACAAGAAACACUGCACCAAAAUUAAGCGCUUUUUUAAAAAGCAUUUGUCUAAAAUGUAGUUGACAGAGAGAUGUAUUUUGAGUUGAAUUGAAAAGUAAUGUUUUUGGGACCAGCGCUAUGGUGUAGCGGGUAAAGCCACUGCCUACAGUGUCGGCAUCCCAUGUGGGCACCAGUUGAAGACCCGACUGCUCCACUUACAAUCCAGCUAUCUGCUAUGGCCUGAGAAAGCAGUGGAAGAUGGCCCAAGUCCUUGGGCUCCUGCACCUGCAUGGGAGACCCGGAGAAAGCUCCUGGUUCCUGGCUUUGGAUUGGUGCAGCUCCUGCCAUUGCAGCCAACUCGGGAGUGAAGCAGAGGAUGGAAGACCCCCUCUGCCUCUGCCUCUCUGUAACUCUGCCUUUCAAAUAAUAAAUCAAUAAAUCUUAAAAAAAAUAAAAAAAGAAAAGGAAUGUUUUAAGUGCCUUUUAAAAAUAGUAGUCAUAGAAUUUUUAAAUGUUUCCUGGACUAGUUUUUUUUUUUUUUUUUUUUUAAAGGCAGAGUUAGAUUAGACAGUGAGAGGGAGAGACAGAGAGAAAGGUCCUCUUUUUUCCAUUGAUUCACCCCCCAAAUGGCUGCCAUGGCUGGUGUGCUGCACUGAUCCAAAGCCAGAAGCCAGGUGCCUCCUCCUGGUCUCCCGUGCAGGUGCAGGGCCCAAGCACUUGGGCCAUCCUCCACUGCACUCCCGGGCCACAGCAGAGAGCUGGCCUGGAAGAGGAGCAAACAGGACAGAUCCAGCACCCCAGCUGGGACUAGAACCUGGGAUGCCGACACCACAGGCGGAGGUUUAUCCAAGUGAGCCGCGGUGCUGGCCUGGAUUAGUUUUUAGUAUGAAGAAAAACUUCAUAGUUUUUCAGCUCUCUUUUAAAAACAAUCAAAUGUCUUCUUCUGUGCUUUGUAAUAUAAGGCUAAAUAACCUAUUUUUGGUAAGUAUGCUUUGAUAUUUGUAUUUUCAAGUUAAUCUUGAAGGUAGGGGUUGGUUCCUGUAGUGUCUGGCCAGAGGAUGAGGCACUGGCUUCUGUCCGGCCCUCUGUGGCAGCUCCAGUCCAGGUGCCACUCCUGCUCCAGAUGUCCAGAGCCCUGUCUGCGCCCUUCCUGCCCUCAGCAGGAGCAGAUGUGCACCUGAACCCCUGCCUUACCCCUCACUCCUGCCUCUCCACCCUGAACCCUCUUUGCUAGGUGUCAAAAGCCAAUAAAAGGGGUACUUGCUCCUUUUUAAAAAUACGAGCCUUUUGUUUUUCAUGGCAUUAACCUAACUGUACCUGACAAUAUUAAGUCAUGUAAUUUUAAAAAUAGGUGACUGCUUCUAAAACCAAUAGAAUGAGGUUGAGAUAAAGUUAUUAGGACCCAAUUUUCCUGUUAGGAAACCCUGUAACAUAUGAUACACUUACCAUUUGUGAGAUCUGAAGGUCAGUCAUUCUCAGUAUCUGAUUGAUUCCCUGAGAGUAUUUGAAACCCUGUUGGAAAUCUCAUUAAAAUCCCCUUGUGGGCCGGCGCGUGGCUUAACAGGCUAAUCCUCCGCCUUGCGGCGCCGGCACACCGGGUUCUAGUCCCGGUCGGGGCACCAGAUUCUGUCCCAGUUGCCCCUCUUCCAGGCCAGCUCUCUGCUAUGGCCCGGGAAGGCAGUGGAGGAUGGCCCAAGUGCUUGGGCCCUGCACCCGCAUGGGAGACCAGGAGAAGCACCUGGCUCCUGGCUUCGGAUCAGCGCGAUGAGCCAGCCGCAGCGGCCAUUGGAGGGUGAACCAACGUCAAAAAGGAAGACCUUUCUCUCUGUGUCUCUCCCUCACUAUCCACUCUGCCUGUCAAAAAAAAAUCCCCUUGUGUCCUUGCAGUCUAGCGGCUGCUGAUCACUUCCCCUCUUUGUUCUCAGUAUUAUUGGCUAAUCGUGAGCUUCCUGUGGGGUUUGACCACUAGGUCCCCCUAAAGAUGUUUUCUCAUACAAGGGGUGCAGCUUUCCAAAGAAUCAGUUCUUCUGCACUCACUUUUUCUAGUGUAUUUCCAGAAUCUGGAAGGACAUGCAUAAGGCAUUCUUAUUUUGAGAGAUGUUAUCAAAUGCAUAUGUUUUUAAUUGCAAACUGUUGUUUUUUAAAACACAUAAUGUUUAACCUGUGUCUAACUGUUGUCGAUUUGAGUUAAUCUGAGAUUUAGUUGUCUAUUGGUAUUGUCAUGAAUUUUAAAGUUUUAAGAAAAAGGAAUUUAAUGAUAUUUUACUUUUCUGAAAUUACAUUUUUUGUGUAGUAUCUACACAUACUGUUGUAAGCCAAAAAACAAAGCCUGUCUUGAGUCCUUGUACAUAUUUUUAUGUGCUAAAACUUGUGCCAUUUUCAUCUUUACUGUGAAAAAUAUACAUGAUCACUUGUACAUUGAAUAUAUAAAAAUCUGGAUGUUUUUAUCAAGAUCUGAUAUCUGUGUAUAUAAAAUGUUUAAUAAAAGUUGGAAUUUCUGAGAUUAUU